UUCCAUCAUUCAUUCUCGCCUCUGGUUCACCUUCUUCAAGUCAGUGUUAAUAAUUUGGAACAAAUUUCAUUCAUUGAAAUGAUUGGGUGCGACAAUCUAUCAUCCAAUCUUAGUACAAAUCUUCUCCAGUAUCCGUCAACCCAGAGUGCUGCGCCAAGACUAUUUUGCCUCCCUGGCAGCGAGGUUCCAAAUUGGUUUGGCCAUCAAAGAAUUGGAUCUUCCAUUUCCUUUCGUGUACCUUCUCUUUCAGAAGGUGAGAUUCGCAUGCUACUUUUUUGCACUGUUUGUACAUUUCAGAACAUAUUGGACUUGGCACAGCUGGAUGUGAUAAUCCAGAAUAAAACCAGAGGGUACCGGCACGUUCUUGUGCCAAUAAGGUUUGACGCUAGUUUCAACAUUUCACAAAAUUUAUUCUUAUUCCAAUCGCAUGUUAUAAGAAAUAAGUUGAAGACUGUAGAUUUUCCAGAAAAAGAAAUGGAAAUGGUUAGUGGAGAGGAAAUCGAGGUGUCUUUCAAUAAUUCGAGCUCGGCCAACUUUGAGGUGAGCAAGUGUGGUGUUCAUCUUCUACUGGAGAAGCCAAAUGUAAUGGAUAACAAAGGAAGUAUGGUCCAAUAUCUCAAAUGUGAUAAUGCUAAAGAUGAUGAAAUGUCUGCUGCAGCCGAUGAUAAUGAGAUCUCUUUCCCAUCUGAAGUUGUGGACUAAUGCCUACAAAGAUCGUUCAUAGGUGAACUGAGGGCUUAAUCCUCUUAUGAAAGGUGGGAAAUGGUGGCUGGAAGAAUGGAUAAAAAGAUGUUGCCUAACUGAUCAUUUCCUUUUAUGGUCUGUUAUCAUUUAUUCACGCUCUUAAAAAGAUUCAUGUUCACGUACCCUUCCUAGUCAUGUUGAUUUGUGAUAUUAUAUUUAAGCUUGGUUUGUAUAAUAAAAGUCUCAAUCUCA